CGAAUUUCCUUGAGUCUUCUCCUUCAAUUUCCUUGCCUUGUUCCGCUGCAGGCCCAGCGCUUCCUUGCAUCUGUCCUCAUGUCUACAUCUCCUAAUACUGUACAACUAUGCUUUUGAGCCAUUUCAAAAGGCUAUGGAUAUCAUCAGUCUUUGUAAUAUUAGCUUCGCCCCUGCAGGCAGCUCCUACUGUCAAUGCCACGAUACAACAGCCACUUCCACAGGCGCUUCAACAAAACGUCCCCUCUUGUGCGCACUCAUGUCUCCGGGCUUCGCUGGACGAAAGAUUCCCGCUUGCAUGCUCUGGCCAGGUAGGCCUUGAAUGUCUUUGCUCUCAUUACAGCACCGCAGGAGAGUCGCUCGGCGAAGCGGCCCUAGGCUGCCUCUAUCUAUCAUGUCCGGCAGACGAAUCCAAGGCACACCUCAGUGCCGCGUACGGAAUAUGCCUGGGACAAACGGACGCUGUCAUGCCAACCAAGAGUGUUCUUACCUACGUGGUGACUAGCCCAACCCGCACGGCAUCGCCCUCUUCAAUGCAGUCGGUAGCCACAAUCACUCCGACCACCACCAUCACAUCGGCUUUGCAGUCUCCAACCAGCUCAACCCCGUCUGCCUUUGCCGAUACCGUCUCGUUGUUUCCAUCGCCAACCUCUUCACCCACAGCUAGCUCGGUUCCAGUCGCCAAGGCCACUGAGGACCAGCCAAGAAUGACACCCGCACAGAUUGCUGGACUAUCCGUGGCAGCCGUGGCAGCUUUUAUACUGGCUAUCGGGCUCAUGGCUCUGAGUGUAUGGUUGAGGAGACGUAGAGAGCGGAGGAAUACCAUGGAUUUCGAUGAAAAGGGCCGUGGACGGCAGGAAAAGGCAUCUUCGACACGAUUCUCCCACUAUGUCCCAGUCCAAGGUGAUACUGAGCCAGUCCAGCCGCCUCGGCCCAUGCCAGCGCCAGCAUUCCAUCGAGGCAGAAGCCAACGAGUCCGGCCAGUGCAGCGGCUUGGAGUAGGGACUUCGAACGGCUCCUCGACGGCUUCGUUGCCACUGGAUCAGAUAGGAGUGGCCAUAAGCGCCGAGUUGGAUGGGAGGCCGGUAACAGCCCAGGAACCAACGACAGCUACCACGACUCACCAAGCACGACCUGGUGGUGCACAAGCACCGGCCAGGGCUCCUUUGCGCCCCGUCAGUACCAUGACGGAAGAGACUGUUUUCGAAGAAGACGACCUCGGGCCACAGCGGGGAUCCUCAGUACUGCUGCCAUUGCCUCCAGUCCCAGUCCCGCCAAUCCGCACAUUCCAACCUUCCAGGACAGGAGGUCCAAAUUCCAAGAUGGGCAACUCUGAUGAACCGAGACGAUCCGAGCUGUUUCUCAAUGUGUCGGCGGCUCGCCAGGAAAGGCCUCCACGUGCUCCUCAGCCUGCAACACGCCCGCGCCUUGCACCGCCUUUCCAGAUGGUGUCGACUGCCAGCUCAUACGAGUCCAAAGCCACGACGGCAAGCUCACGCGACGACAGCAGUGCUGGAGACAUCAUUGACUACUACUUUUCCACCCAUGCAAGUCGUGAGGCGACACCCAAAGCAAGCCCUGCACUGAUGAUACGCCCUAAAGAGUCGCCCAAGACGGUGCAGAUCAAGCCAAAGAAAUCGUACAGCAGCACGCUUUCGCAAACAUCUGUGCGCACUUGGACCAACCAACGCGAUUCGCUGUCGAGCCAGACGUCUUUUGAGACGGCCGAUGCCAACGACCCGACACCUGAAGACGAAGACGACAGCAGCGGUAACAAGCCGCCGCUUUCGCCCGUGGCCGAGUCUCCCAUCUCCAAUGUCCGGUAUCCCAAGGUGCCGCGGGCGUCGAACCAGAUGGUAGCGCGGAGCCCGCCGCAGCACAGGUUCAGGAGUCCGCACCGAGCGCAAGAUGCAUCGGCGCUUCUGCAGAAGCGCAACAAUGCUCUUCCGCCGCUUCUCCUCGAAUCACGGCCAAGGCUCGAAAGCCCUCAUCGCGAUCCGUUCACGUCGCCGCCGCGCAUGGGCAGCCCGCCGCGCAAAGGGCGCGCCCAUGUGCGCAGCAACAGCACCGAGUCAUGGAAUUUGACGGCGGUGCCCAGGACGGGCGUGGAUAGGAAAAGCCGAGUGCAGAGUGGAGCGUGGGGUAAGAGCCCGGUCAUGUACGAAGAGGAUGUGGUUCGGCCUCUGAAUGUAAGUAGAAGAAGAGGUGGAGGAGGAAGGAGAGACGAGAUGAGCGGGGUGGGUAAUAUGGGAAGAGACGCCGACACGGACUUUGAGCGCGACGGACUGAAGAGCCCGGCGUGGGUUCCGCGACUGACACCGAGGAAGAAGGGAGAAGAUUUGUUUUUGGAAGUCGGGUGGGGGGAUGGUGCAGGGCGGCGGUGA